CAAUGCGUCAGUCGUCGUCGCCUAAACCACAAGCCCGACGCCGACCACGGUUCGGAUAGAUUCCUUUCUUUCCUUCCCUCCUGCCUUAACGCGCCGCCGCCUCCCCAUCUCACCUCGCGCCCGCCUUUUUAAGUCCCCAAAUAGCCGAACGAACAAACCCUCCUUGAGAUCUCCCGUGCCGCCUCUCGCGAGCGCCGGACUUUCAACAUUUCUCCUCGAUUGGAUUGGUACAUGGAUCGCGGUCGCUUCUCCGGCGGCGGUCGAAGAGGAGAGGCGCCGGCGGCGCAUUCAGAAAGCGUUGGCUCCUCGCUAUGACAUGGCCGCCUCCUCUGGCUCUCAGCACCGCUGCGUCUUUGUCGGGAACAUACCGUACGAUGCGACGGAGGAUCAGCUUAAACAGUUAUGUGAGGAAGUUGGCCCUGUGGUGUCCUUCAGGUUGGUUUAUGAUAGAGAAACUGGAAAGCCCAAAGGUUAUGGAUUUUGUGAAUACAAAGAUGAAGAGACUGCUCUGAGUGCUCGCCGCAACCUUCAGGGUUAUGAAAUAAAUGGGCGACAAUUACGAGUUGAUUUUGCCGAAAAUGAUAAAAAUUCUGAUCGCAACAGGGAGCAGGGCCAUGGUGGACCAGGAUUGGCACCAAGUGCAGAUGUUCAAAAACAAUUUAGUGGAGCCCCUGUUUUGGGUGACUCAACUCUUCAUCAGCCAGUAGGUCUCCCCUUAGCUGCAACAGCUGCAUCUGUCAUGGCUGGAGCUUUGGGUGGGGCUCAGAUUUCCAAUGCACAAAGUGUUUUACCGGGCCAGUCAGGAACAGGAAGUGAUCCCUUGACUCACUAUCUGUCCAGAAUAUCUAGACACCAAUUGCAUGAAAUUUUAUCCGAGAUGAAGGCCCUUGCUACUCAGAACAAGGCACUAGCUAGACAACUUAUGCAAGCAAGUCCACAGCUGGCAAAAGCCCUCUUUCAGGUGCAGAUAAUGGUUGGCAUGGCUGCACAGCCAGUGAUGCAGAUUGCAAAUAGUGGCCAAUCAUCAAUUUCAAACCCUCAGAAUUCAUCUAACGUCGGGCUGACAUCUUCACAAGCACUAGGUGGAAAGUUCCCCCGGCCACCUGAGAGUCACAUUGCAGUUACAUCACAAAGCCUUGGAAUCCUACACCAGGCGACAUUACCUCUUCAACAAGUCCUUGUUCAACCACAAUAUCAACUCCCAUUACUUCCACAAGGUCAGGUAUCACAAGGAACUGUGGUGGAGAAAUCUGGAGUUGCUACAAUACCAUCAAGAUGGCCUCAAUCAAUUGGCGGCGUUCCACAUCAGCCUUCUCUUUUAUCAACAUCCAAAGGGCUGAUAUCAGAGAGUGAACCCCUGCUUCCACAGCAACCUUUAUCAACUGCUAUUGCAAGUUUAGCACAUCAUCCUCAGUUAUCCCUUCCAAAUACAGCUCUGCAACAGUCAAUUUUGCCGCAUUCACUUACUUCUCAGACUGGCUCAUCAAAUGACCCACUGCUGUCAGCUGGACUGGAGACACUUCCAAAACGAGUUUCAACAUCUUCUGCGAUUGAAGAUUUAACCUGGCAUUCCAGAUUUAGGACACAAAAUUUAGGUGUGGGAUUAGCAGAUCAAACCAGAUUAACAGGUAAUGUAUCGGAACCGUCGAAUUAUCAUUCAAAAUUACGAAGAUUAGAAGAUGGAAGUGGUGUUACCCAAAUAGUGAAUGGCAAUUCUGGCAUUAAUAAUUCCUCACUUCAAGCACUUGGCACUGGCAUAGUUGCUGGGAGCCAAAUGGUCGUGGGAGAUGCAGUUCAACAUUCUAAGAAGCAGAUGCCUCAGCUUUCACCUGAAGUAGAGUCAGCUCUAUUGCAGCAAGUACUUAGCCUGACUCCAGAACAGUUGAGCUCAUUGCCUCAAGAACAGCAACAGCAAGUGCUUCGGCUCCAACAGAUGUUGUCAGCUGGCAAAAUAGUGUAGUUUGGUUCGGCUGAUCUUUCUUUGAUUUAGGAAAUGGUGCCGACGAAAGCAUAAGGGUCUAUCACCAACCACGGAUGAUGCGAGAUUUCGCUUCCUUUUUCCAUGUAACAGUAGAUGAUAAUCUAUAGCCUUUUAUUUUUUUUGCUUCAAAUCAAGUGUCAAAAAUUCAUUUGAUGUUUGAAAAAUAGUGCAAUGAUAAUAUUCUUUCACGAUGGGAAAUGCUGUUUGCCACUAUUAAUGUUAUUCCAUCUGCAAUUUGUUUUC